GCUCUUACUUGCACCAAAGCUCCAUGCUUGGAGCGGGCCUAGGAGAGAAUGAACAUGUUGGUGCAGUGAACUGAGGACUCUUCCAUAAAAAGCAUAAUUAGAAGGAAAUAGAUUCAAACUAGAGAAGGAGACAGCAGAAAGGUAACAGCUGAAGGUAAUAACAGAAAUGGCCGUUUGUGGGAGGAAGAUUAGACAUAUUCUACUGGGCUUCAGAGAGUGGAAUGAACAAAGCAUGGAAGUCAAGAGAAAGCCAGCUGAUGCUCGAUGUAACAAUUGGAGCUACCCACAGCUAGAACGUCCCUCGAGACAGGUAUUUCUCCCCAGCAAUUCUUGCCUUUGGUCCACCAUGCCCAAGGCUGUGCUGCUCCUGAUACUGUGGGCUUUGCUGGGGAAUCUGCCAGCAGCUGAGGGCCGGACAUCUCCCUAUGCAGUAAAGCUAUGCGGUCGAGAGUUCAUCCGGGCUGUCAUCUUUACCUGUGGGGGAUCUCGAUGGAGACGAGAUAGGGCAGGGAAGGCCUUUGCUGAGGAAUUGGGGGAUGAAUCCCAGGAGACCACUUCGAUUGAAUGGCUGUCCAGCCCCCUCGUGCCACUGUCCAGGGAGCCUGAAGACUUCUACAGCAGUGUCAGAGGCUCUAACUGGUCCGGGAUGUCCAGAAGCAGACCAGAAUUGGAGCCUGAGGCCAAGCCUGGCCAGGGCUUCCUUCGGGGGGGCCGGGAUGUUUUAGCAGGUGUCUCCAGCAAUUGCUGCAAGUGGGGCUGCAGCAAGACUGAAAUCAGCAGUCUAUGUUAGAUUCUCAGGGGGAGAUUAAAAUUUCUCUGCAGAGUUUUAGACUCAGGGGAGUCUGACUUUUCCCCUUAUUCCUCCUGGUUCUAGACUCCAGUCCUCCCUGCUCUCUACCCUACAUAAAGCCACAUUCUAUGUCCUUUCCCUGUCUCUGUCUGUCUCUUUCUCUCUCUCUCCCCUCUCUUCCCCACUCUGUUCUUCCCUUUGUUUUCAAGUCCUAGAGUGGGGUUCCCUUCCCUUCCAUGUCCCUACUCUAGUUUCCUUUCUGGUGUUAGAUUUCUCUCUGCUCCUCAACUUCUCUCUAGAUUGCCCCUACCCCCGGUUCCUGAUCUAUGUACUAUCUCCUCAACUUUGUACCUCUCCUCUGCCUGGCCCUUGAGUUUCCUCUACCCUGACCCUGUUUGGGAAAUGGAGCCUGCCUAUCACCCUUCUGCUGUUUUUACGGGUACAAGAAGGAGGAAAUCAAUUGUAGGGGGAUGGUCAUAGAGAGCUGUCCUAAAGUCACUGAUUUCUGGCCCUGGGGAGGGAAAAUUGUCAUCCGGAAUUAUGGAUCAUACAUUUAAAACCAGACAAGGCUUCAGAUGUAUCCCCACAGUUACAAUUUGGGAUUGGCCCAUACAUGAUUGUGAAUACCCACAAUCAUACCCACAUUAUUUUACACCCAGAAUCGUUCAGUCACAUAGGACAAUGAUAAAUAGUUGCUAUUUGCACUCACUGUGGGGGAUGGGGAAAGGGUGGGUGGUUGGGGCUGGGAGGCCGGAUGCAUGGGUUCAGGAUGUGGGUUGGCCCUGGUCCAGGCUUUCUCAAAAUCUCAAUAAAACUCUGAAUGAC